GGGCCCACCUAUCCUAAGAGCCAACAACAUCUGCAUAUAUCCUCAUCCAUGGUCUGCAGGGCUGGAUCUCUACCCAAUGUCAACCAAAUCGGACAAAGUGUUAAUAAAUCGGGUAUUGAUUUACAGUCGGCGCUCAAUAACUUGGAGGAUAUGAAACACGGGAGGGAUGACCGCAGCGGUCGGCGAAACUUCGACCAAAAGCGAGCCAUGAAUUCCCCGAAUUGUGUCACUUAUCUGAGUCCUCCUCCGGACACGAAUUGGCGCCGAACUAACUCCGACUCAGCCCUACAUCAGAGCGCACUCAUGUCGACG